CCCCCCCCCUUCCUUCUGUCCAGAUUUUAGUUUUAUUGACCAUUUUUCUACAAAUAUCUCAACAUGGCUCGUCGCGGUGCAACUUGUGGAGAUGUUCCGUUAAAGGCUUUUUUUGCUGAGGCGAACCAGAGGAUCGGAGGGCUUGUCGAACUGGGCAGUUAGUGGCACCCUAGUAGUAGCUGCUAGCUGAGGAACAUUAGCUGUUUAUAAUCGUGUUUUAAUAGUUUCUGGGCCGCCGUCGCCGCGAUGGACUGUGCGAGGAAACAGUGAAAGGAUGAGUUCUUGUUUCGUGCCGAACGGCGCCAGCCUGGAGGACUGCCAUUCCAACCUCUUCUGCCUGGCUGACCUGACAGGGAUUAAAUGGAAGCAGUACGUAUGGCAGGGUCCGGCCUCCACCCCCAUUCUCUUCCCUGUAACGGAGGAGGACCCGAUCCUGUGCAGCUUCAGUCGCUGCCUGGCGGCAGACGUGCUGAGUGUGUGGAGGCGGCACCAGACACCCGGCCGCCGGGAGCUGUGGCUCUUCUGGUGGGGGGAGGAUCCCAAUUUUGCUGAGCUCAUCCACGACGAGCUUACAGCGGGUGAGGAGGAUGGAGUAUGGGAUAGUGGUUUGUCCUAUGAGUGUCGCACCCUGCUCUUCAAGGCCAUCCACAACCUGCUGGAACGCUGCCUUAUGAACCGGAACUUUGUGCGCAUUGGCAAGUGGUUUGUCAAGCCGUAUGAGAAGGACGAGAAACCAGUGAACAACAGUGAGCACCUGUCCUGUGCCUUCACCUUUUUCCUGCAUGGUGACAGUCACGUGUGCACCAGUGUGGAGAUCAGCCAGCAUCAGCCUGUGUACCACUUGAGUGAGGAACACCUCUCACUGGCUCUGCACACUGGCCGGCCUCUCCAGGUGAUUCUGAGUCCUUUUGGCCUGAGCGGCACCCUAACCGGCCAGUCAUUCAAGCUGUCUGAUCCCUCCGCCCAGAAGCUGAUAGAGGAAUGGAGGCAAUUCUAUCCCAUCAGCCCUGGGCCAAAAGAGACCUCAGAGGACCCAAUGGAGGAUCUGGACUGGGAGGAUGACUCCCUAGCAGCUGUGGAGGUCCUUGUUGCUGGAGUUGGAAUGGUGUACCCUGCCUGUAUGGUGCUGGUCCCACAGUGUGUCCUCCCUGCCGUGAGCCCUCUGGCAUCCUCCCACUCUACAGCUGUCCAUUUGGGUGGCCACCAAGUGCCCACUUCUCACCGAGAUUCUGUAUUGUCAUCUGUCACCCUCACCCCCCCCACAUCCCCAGAGGAGGCCCGCACCACUGUAGCGUCUUUGUCGCUUCCAAAGUGGAUGAAACACCCCUCUAUGUCGGACCGCUUGAGACUGGACAGCACAGCUCAGUACAGCAGCAAGGUUCCACACCAGCUAGAAAGCCAGAUGGUGGAACACGUGUGGCAGGAGUGCAGUAUUGAUCAAGCCCACAAGAAGAGGAGACUCUCCUCUGUGGCCGACAGUGCCUAUGUAGAGGGUGCCAACAGCCAGGGCUGCUGGGAUUUCACUGAACUGACGCACAGAUCAAGCUGCAACUGUUCACGGCAAAGAUGCGUAAAGCAGCGAGCUGGAUAUUCCCUUGGUCACCCUCAGUCAGCUGGCCAGCUACCCCCACCACCCCCCAAGCACAGGGCAAUAGAACGGCUGGAGAAAAGUGAGAAGCAGCAACGGAGGCCUCUGCUGCCCUUCCAUCACCGCAGUUCAGACUGUGAAGGUGGAACCUUGGAGGCCGAUGGUGCAAUGCACCACCUAGAUGGAGGGUCAAGAGGGGAUCCUUGUUUCCCUAGUCUCCACCCUGGUGAUAGCGUUCACAUAGAAUCAGUCUCGCAGGUUUCCAAUGUCCCGCAAGAUUCCGGAGCCUCUCCACAGCCCCCUUCACUCAGCCCUCAUCCCUAUGAACGUAGUGAGGGAAGGAUGGAGGUCCCAAAGACCUCUUCUAGGCAAGACAAUCCAUGCCUCAAUGAUCCAGCUGCCAAGCAGGCUGUGUCCCGCUGGCCACACGCUCCCUCUCAGCCUUUCCUUUCUGGCUGCUCAGAGUCUAGAGACCCCACUGUGUAUGUGGGGGCAGCUGUUAACCCUGCUGAAAACUAUGUCCAGUCUCCAUGGAAAUAUUACUCUCUGCCACAGAGGAAAGAUGGCAAUUUUCCCAAGCUUGAGCUUCCUGUUGACAAGCUAAAGGAGGACUGUACAGGACUAGGUCAGCAGGAUGGAGUUUUGUCUGUCACUGAGCACAUGUCAACCUCUAAACAGCCUUUGAAGGUGUCAUCUGAUUGGGUACAAAUGUACCUCCAAAGGAAGGCUAGGUACCCAUUAGGCACUGCAUCUGUUCACGAGCCCAGUCGGGACCCCUAUACCUUUGUGGAUGGGGGUUUGCAGUUCACCUUCUCUGAUAGGAAGGAAAAGCUGGGAGGAGAGGGGGAGGUUGGGAAGAAGUACAAGGGAAGUGAUGAAGGAGGUGCAUCUGAAGAUGGAGUGGGUCCAGUGUCACUUUUUACUGGCCCUGGAAAGUCAGAUCCUGAAGGUGAAGCUACCCAAAAUCACAUGGCUUCCACCAGCCUGAUACGUGAGAGCGACCUGGCAGUUUCUUUCAAAGAUCUGGACAACCUUUUCAGUUCAGACGAGGACGAAAUUUUGUCUGGGUCCAGGAAAGCCACCAAGGGAACCAAUGAGAAAUAUGACAACAAAGAGGCCAAACCAACAGUGUAUGAACCCUUCUCUUGCAUAAGUUCUGCUGACCUUCACCAGAUGUUUCCUACACCACCCUCCCUAGAACAGCAUAUCAUGGGCUAUUCCCCCAUGAACAUUAGCCAUAAGGACACUGGGGCCAUGGAUACAGUUGGUCUCACCCUACUGGAUGGUUCCCUGCUGCCAAGCAGCCACUUCAAGAUCGAGGUGGAAGAGGGGCUCUGUAGCCCUAAGCCAUCUGAAGUCAAGGAUUUCUCAUUCGUCUACAAACCAGAGACGUGCCAGAUGUUUGUUGGUUGCUCCAUGUUUGCCCCAUUGAAGACACUACCCAGCCAAUGCCAGUCACCUCUCAAGUUGCCCGAGGACUGCAAGUACCGGCCUGGCUGGCCAGUUGGCACGGUGGAACUGCCCCAACCAAAGCCAGCUGUAAGCCUCCUCAACAAGGACAGUAACAUCCCAAGUGUGGGCAGUGUCAUGGAGCUAGACUACACCCAGACCUACACGCCAUUCAUGUCCAACAGUGCACCUCCCAGCAACGGUGGCCCCAGUGUCUUGCCCUCCCCUGCCACACCUCGGUUCUCUGCUCUCACCCCAAGAACUCCCCGCACCCCUCGUACCCCCCGAGGGCCCUGCAGUGUCCAGGGCAGUGUGAAAUAUGAGAACUCGGACCUCUACUCACCUGCUUCCACACCCUCCACCUGCCGGCCACUGAGUUCUGUGGAGCCGGUCAUGGCACUGUCUGUCCCCGAGGCCCACAGCCUUUACGUCACCCUCAUCCUAUCAGAUUCCGUCACGAACCUCUUCAAGGACUGCAACUUUGACAGCUGCAGUUGCUGUGUGUGUGCCUGCAGCGUAAACAUCAAGGGUGCUGACGUGGGUGUCUAUGUUAGUGAUCCAGGUCAUGAGCCACAGGCACCUUGCACCUGUGGCUUCAGUGCUGUAGUCAACCGUAGGUAUGCCAUUGGUUCAGGCCUCUUCCUGGAGGAUGAGCUGGACAUUGUGGGGCGAGGCUCGUAUGCUGGACGUGAGGCAGAGAGGCGCUUUGAGACCCUACAGCAUGCAUUUACAGGCCUGAAGGAGCAGCUCCCUGAUGACCUCAUCAUCCUGCUGCAGGACCUCUGCACCAACCCAUUCUCUCCUUUUGGGGGUCUGGAGACCACUGGUCAGACGCUAUGGGGCCCUGGUGCCGGCCCCCCUCACGUACAUGUGGAUGAGCUGGACUGCCUCAGCCACUGCUACUUGGCUCUGGAGCAAGGUCGCCAGUUUAUGGACAACAUGUCUGGGGGCAACAAGGUGGAUGAGACCCUGGUAAAGGAGUCCUGUCUUCACCAGUGGGCCAAAAAUUCUGUCAGUGCCAGUGGGUUGUUCUCUCAAGAUGUGCUACGGACGCUGUUGUCACUGCAGCCUGUGCUUCAGGAUGCCAUCCAGAAGAAGAGGAGCCUGCGAUCCUGGGGUGUGCAGGGUCCUCUCACCUGGCAGCAAUUCCACAAGAUGGCAGGCAGAGGUUCCUAUGGAACUGAUGAGUCGCCAGAGCCUCUGCCCAUCCCCACCUUUCUGGUGGGCUAUGAGCGUGACCUGGUACUGAUGUCACCCUUUGGCCUGCCCUAUUGGGAGAAGUUGCUACUGGAACCAUUUAUCUCCCAGAGGAAUGUGGGAUAUGUAGUCUUGUGCCCUGACAACGAUGCCCUGCUCAAUGGUGCCAGAAACUUUUUCAGGGACCUCACUGCAGUGUAUGAGUCCUGCCAGCUCGGCCAACACCGACCAAUCACCAGAUUGCAACCAGAUGGCAUCAUGCAGGUGGGCAGCACAGCAGAAAAGCUGUCUGACCAGCCCAUGAGCACAUGGCUCCUGAAGGAGAUGCCAAGCAACAGUGAUUCGUAUGGCAGACUCAAACUCUAUGCUCAUGUCCUCAAGCACCAGCUCGCUCCAUAUCUGGCUGCCCAAACACUAGACAGCUCUUUGUUCACAAAGCCCAGCUCUUCCAAUCCCUCAAGCCAGUCCUGUGCCACACAGCAACCAGCUGCUGUUGCAACAAACACAGUUGGUGUCCAAGGCUCUACCUUGGCCUCCAGUAGUACACCAGGAAGCAGCAACAAUGCUCCAUCCAUCACUGCCAAUGGCCUGCCUUCCUCCACCCUGCCUUCAUCAAGCCCACAUAGCACUAGCGGGGCUGCUAAGGCCAGCUCCUUACCAGUGUUUGGGAACGUAGGUGUGCAGGGUAGCACAUCCCAGUAUGGGCAGCUGGGGCAGAAGCCUGCUUCACAAAACUCAAUCCUUACAGGGGACCAAGAAACGGGCAUCAGCCAGACACUAGGGCCUUUGGAAGCUCCAGAGAGCACAGUAGAAAGGGAGAAAGUUGGUAUGCCCACCGAUGGUGACUCUCAUGCCGUCACAUAUCCCCCAGCCAUAAUGGUGUACAUUGUGGACCCAUUUACCUACGAGGAAGCAGAAGGGGACACAUCCACCAGCGUUUGGACACUGGGCCUUCUUCGUUGCUAUGUGGAGAUGCUUCAAUGUGUUCCUCUGCACAUGAAAUCUGCUCUGUCUGUACAGAUCAUUCCCUGCAAGUACCUGCUGCAGCCAGUAAAGAAUGAGGGACACCAAGUGUAUGCCCAGCAUCUCAAGUCUCUGGCCUUCUAUGUUUUCUCACAAUGCCGGCGCCCCCUGCCCUCAACUACUAACGUGAAAACUCUGACAGGGUUCGGUCCUGGCCUUGCACUUGACUCUGCUCUUAAAAACCUUGAGAGACCAGAGUGCAUGCGACUCUAUACGCCACCCUUUGUACUGGCCCCAGUGAAGGACAAGCAAACGGAAUUGGGCGAGACAUUUGGCGAUGCUGCCCAGAAGUACAACGUGCUCUUUGUCGGUUACUGCCUGUCACAUGAUCAGCGCUGGCUGCUCGCCACUUGCACCGACAUGUAUGGCGAGAUUCUGGAGACCUGCAUCAUCAACAUAGAUGUUCCCAACAGAGCAAGAAGAAAGAAGGGCUCUGCCAGAAGGUUGGGCCUCCAGAGGCUGUGGGAAUGGUGUCUGGAACUCAUGCAGAUGACAUCACUGCCAUGGAGGGUAGUGAUUGGUCGUCUGGGAAGGAUCGGCCAUGGCGAACUACGGGACUGGAGUAUUUUGCUAAGCAGGAGGAAUCUGCAGUCUCUGAGCCGCCGUUUGAAGGAAAUGUGUAGGAUGUGUGGCAUCUCAGCUGCCGACACUCCCAGCAUCCUUAGUGCUUGCCUUGUGGCCAUGGAGCCUCAGGGUUCCUUCAUGAUCAUGCCAGAUUCGGUGUCCACAGGCUCUGUGUUUGGCCGAAGCACUACACUAAACAUGCAGACAUCCCAGCUACACACACCUCAGGACACAUCUUGCACACACAUCCUAGUGUUCCCCACCUCCGCUGUUGUCCAGGUCAACAGCUCCAACUACAAUACAGAGGAAAUCAGUUUUAACCCCAUCAAUGAUGGGUCGGAUGCAAUGGGGAUCCUCGACUUGCUGGAUCAAGAGAACCUGGUUGAUCCUGACAUCAUUAACAACCUUCCAAACUCCCCCACAACUUCUCCUGUUCACAGUCCUGGGUCCCACUACCACCAUGGAGGUGAUGGGAACAAGGGACAGUGUAUGGAUCGGAUGGAGUCCCAUGAUGAAACCCUGACCAUUCUCCAGCAGCCCAUGGCUCUUGGCUACUUUGUUUCCACUGCCAAGACUGGUCCACUACCCAACUGGUUCUGGUCCACCUGUCCACAGGCACAACACCAAUGUCCCCUUUUCCUGAAGGCCUCCCUCCACCUCCAUGUGUCGUCCACUCAAUCUGAUGAGUUCUUGCACAGCAAACACUCACACCCGCUGGACUCCAGCCACACGUCGGAUGUGCUGAGGUUCGUACUGGAGCAGUACAAUGCCCUCUCCUGGCUGACCUGUGACCCUGGCACACAGGAUAGGCAGUCAUGCCUGCCUGUGCACUUUGUGGUGCUGACACGCUUGUAUAACUUCAUCAUGAAUAUGUUGUGACCUGUGGAGCUGGCCGACCUGCUGGGUGGGAUCCAAAGGGAUUUUACCUGAGAAAUGAUGACCGAGCAAGACUGUGCAAUAUCCUUGUGCAGGGGCAGCCCAUAGUGUCCUGUAGGUGUCUGCGGUAGAUUUCCUAGGAUGAACUGUCAUCUGCUAUGGUGGUCACCAUGGUAAUAGAGGUUGUCCAUCAAUAACCAGUGUAUGUCUGUCUUUUGUAAAUUAUUGACCCUUUGUGAAGACCUGAAUUACACUUGGAUAAAAUUUUAUUCAAAUCAAAACUAUGUAUCUUAUUUAUUGUCAGUUUUAUAAUUAAUUUAAUUUGUCUUCCUCAACCUCUUAAAACAAAUUAUUAAAGGUUUACAUUGCAGUACUAAUUGAAAGCAGACAGUUUGCAAUGGGUGUUACAUUUGCAGUAGAUUGAUUUUUGAGGAUUUUUCUUGUAAAAGAAAAUGAUUUAUAUAGUUACAGUAUACAGAUGGAGUAGAUGGGGGUUAAAUGCUGUUUUUUGAUGGGUUGGGGUCAAACAGCUAAGCUGUCUCUGCAGGGAACUUGUACAGCAAUGUCAUUCACUGUGUUCAAAUAAGAGGUACAUAGUCUAAUAUAUAUAUAUAUAUAUAUAUAAGUAUAUAUAUAUAGUAUUUUAUAUCACACAUUUAGACAGA